AUGGCUCAAUACCGUGUUGUGGAGAUUAAAUGUUUCCGAGUGGGUGAGCCACAGCUGGUGCUCCAAGCCUUUGUCGGAAAUGUUUUGAGCCACAAUAUUCUCACUCUUCAAGGUCAACAAAGAGUCAAAAUGGCAACUUGUCAUGGAUCGGACCUUGCAGUCCAGCACACUAGCGGCAUGGACUUUAUUGUUCGUGACUUUGUCAGCUUGCGCUUUUGCCGACGCGGCGCGACGAGCAUCGAGGAGGAGUCCUUCUACAUCCCCGUCGAUGAAAGCCUCGACCUUCGGUCUUUUGGUGAUGUGGAUGUCAUUCUAGGCCGGGACAGCUGUGUGAAUCUCAAAACGUCUGAUGAGAACCUCCUUCGUAUAGCCCCCUUAGGGCUGGAGGUACUGAAUGAAGAUCAGAUCAAACACAACAGGAGAAAUCUCGAAGCGAAUAGGAAGAAGGCCCAGAAGGCUGACAAGGAAAGACGGGAUGUUCAAAAGGAGCGUCGUAUGGCUGCAGCUCUUCGACAGACAAACAGAUCUUGA